AAGGUAAAUUUAAGAAGCGGUAGUGAAAGUAGGCGCUCUAUAACAUUUCCAGUGGCAUACUACUACUCACCAGGACGAGAGAAAAUUUCAGUUCGAGCGUCUAACGAGUUCGCUUUUACCCCAGACGACGAAGAAGAAAAAAGUUGGAAGAGGGUCGAAGUGGGGAGAGGGGUUUUAGGUACGAAAAGCGAGAGAGAGCCUCUCCUUUCCAGCGAAGCAGGACGGCAGAGACCCGUCUCAGUGAUCCGGUGAGAUUGACAGGUCGAGCCCUACUCGUAGACCCGUGCCAGUUGCUAUGCUAAAAUGGCGAUGAAAGAUGAUUUACUUUUAAUGGUGGAAAACGGUGCUUUCAAUACGCACUUCUUUUUGGCUAAUUCUAACGACUCGAAGAACGACGAAAGAAAGACCGUGACCUAGUAAAUAUUAAAUAACUCCCGGAUUAUUUGUAAAACGCCCUAGUAAACUUUUCGCCCGCAUAUAGCAUAACUUAUACUAUUUGAUACGCGUGUUAUUAAGUCGUUGUAACGACAAAUAUUUAAGUUGCAAAGACGCGAGUAUACACAUUUUUCGUACACCCUAUAGCACAUAUAUAUAACGCGUCGUCGCAGAACAGACAGCAACGUCAAUAUAUAUGCAAACGCCGAUAUAACGAUCUAUCGGUACGUAAAUACAUAAAGGGCGAGCGUAGGAGAAAAAGCGAUGGCACGAGAGAAAAGGGAAAAAACGAGCGGUGAGAGACGCACGCGCGAAAUAUGAGAGAAAGAGAGAGAGAGAGAGAGAGAGAGAGAGAGAGAGAGAGAAAACUCCAAGCUUAAUAUAAAACUUCAUUUCGCAAUCGGCAGCAGCCGGAGGAAACGCGAAGAUCCGACACGCAGAAAUUCCGCAGUCGUCACAAAAAGGGCGAGUCCGAAAGAAUCUUAUUUUUCUGACAUUAAGCUUUUCGCGGUGCGCAAAAUUGCUCCAAAUAUAACUCUUAUUUUUCUCGGCGAAACGUUGCGACGCAACGUGCUGCUUUAAAAUGGAAAAGAUUUUGGUGACAACUUUUGAAACGCUGCAAAGCGCAAAGCGGCGAAUUAUUUUGAGAUUAAUAAAACGAACGGUAGAGAGAUCCGAACGGUGAAAAUUAUCGCCUCGCAGUUCUCCCGAGGAAUCCGUUAUCGGGGAAACUCCGCCUUAUACGGCAAAGAGUAAAAUAAAGAAUCGCCGAAGAAAGAUAGCGCAGUCGCGCUUUUAUCACGCGAAGCGCUGCAACUGUGUCGAUCUGAGAAACGCACCCCCUUCUUCCUUCGUCGUUCUUUUCUCGAACUUUUCGUUCGUAUAUUUCGGGCCUUUCUUCCUAUAUGCUUUCGGAGUGCGCCUGAAAGAAGGGGUCGGGCUGCCGAACAUCGGUGGCGCGAGCGAGGCGCGCGCGAUGAAACUUUUAAUAAAUGGCAGAGUCGAUAUGAAGUAUAGGACUUUGACAUAUCGUGUGUCUGUAAUGUAUAGUUAAAUCUGGUGGCAGAUGUGGAGGGUGUUCUCCGUUCUCUCGUCUCUCUCCGUCUACCCUCCCGCUUACUCGCCCUCUUUUGCCUCCUCUAGCCAUCCGCGCCCGCUUUGCGCUCCGGAAUGGUUGACACCCUCACCCCCUCUCUCUCUUGGAAAUUUCCUUCUAACCCACUGACGCAAUUGAAUAAAUUAUUAAUACGAAUCAACACACACACACACACACACACAAAUUACACAUUAAAGUAUGUCUCACUUUGCUGAUAAAUAAUUCCAAAUAUCCUUACAAUUCUUUUAAAUCUUUUAUAUUUUCUACAGUUUUUAUUAAAUUUUAACAAUUAUUGGUAUCACAUCUAUUGCUCGAACAUUUAUUCUAUAAAUCUUGGAUUUUGUCAUAAAAAUUUACGUAAAAUUAAAGAAGAAUGAUAAUUACACGAAGCUAAAGUGUUUUCAUAAGUUUUAUCCUUGUCAUUCUAUUACAACGUAAUACACAUAAAUGUACCGUUUAUUUAGCUACUGCAUGUAGGACAUGGUAAAUUUAAUCUUCUCACGCUAAAGGGGAUCGAUUCUAGCAAGUAAACGACUUGCUUCAUGCGGAUCACUCGAUGAGGGUAGUGGCACAAAUUUUUUUCUUUGGAAGCGACAGUGAACUUUUCAAUCAAACUGCCUGUCUAAAUGAAAGCUCCUCCACAAAGCGGAUCAGGGUAAUCUGUCAUCAAAACUGCUCUACAGCGAGCCGUCGCGAUGCCAGUCGGCGCGCCCCCAGCAAUCCCGACCGUUGCAAUAACGACACGGCUGCAUUCGAUCCAUGAAUCUACUACUCAGUACCAAAUUCACUUUUGAGGAGGAGCAUUUUAUAUGUAUACAUAUAAUAUUUGCUUGGUAUAAGUAUAAAUAUAUAAGUAUAUAAAGAACAAUUUAUAUUCCAGUAAUAUACCAUGGAUUAAUCGUGGGUGGAUACUUGAAAAUUCUUCUCGUAUCAAGCGUAGAUACUCUCUGCUUGCGAAUAAAUAAGGAAAGAAAGAAAGAAAGAAAGGCAACAAAUAGAUAGAUAAAUAGCUGCACCACUUAUAACAAAAGCAUCUUCAUGAAUUAAAUUACUCCGAGAGAGAGUUGGAGCCGACCCAAAGACCAUUCUAUUAUUAUUACACGUAAUGUCAAAUGCAAAGGAAAAAAGCAUCAAUUGGAGCAGGUCCAAAGGAAAUCGGAACGUGUCGAGAGUAAAUAGCGCGAUUUGACGAACUGGUUUUAACUUCUUUGGUCGUUUCACGGACAUGACGAUGAAUUCGCGGUAUCAUUCGAGGGUUAAUAAAAGCGAGAGACUAUCGUACCUUGAUUCGGAGGCUCAUCCAGCGAAGGUGGAGGACCGCGUGGCCGAGCACGUGAGAAAGUACCCCACCACUUGGCAAGAUACCGAACGACGCGCUCGCGCGUACCGCCCACAGUUGCGCCGGGUAACCGUGGCCGCCCAAACGAGCCUCGUGCUCGUCCGCAUGAGAGUCGCCCGCCUGCACUCUCACGGCACGGACCUGGUCGUCGUACCCUCCUGGCUGUGUGCCCUCCGAGCCCUCCAAGGCCACCGUCGCCACGACAGGCCAGCCCGCCUACGUCGGCGGAGGGCUGUGCCUCACCGCUCGUGUUACCGCUUCACGAUUGGUCGCUCCAUUCCGGCGAGUGAAGUCACGUGACUGGGGCCGCCGCCACAUUAAAGGACGACUUCCACCUCGAUGCCGAAGUGGACUCCCAGCCGCCCCCUCCCGAAACGAGGAAAGAGACAGCAGUAACAACAGAGACACCGGGAACACCGGAGAGGCGAAAAAGAUCGUGGAAAUUUUGGUCCUGGCGAGACUGGAGACGACGGUCUCUUUCUACGGGACGUCCUUCGCCUCUCCUGCCGCACCUUCUCGCGCUUGGUGGGUACCUCCACCACGGACCUCUCACGGACCCCCACCUUCCCUCGGCUGCUAUCUCUACAUCCUCUCUCUCUCCUCCGUCACUUAGCAAGUAUACCGCGAUCGGUGACUGGCUUCGCGUACCCUAGCCCGCUUGCCUGGGUUUCGGCCGAUCGGCACGCUGACGGCAGCCGCGGUACGCGCGAUUCGGCACGGCGUUCUCCGUCGAUCGGUCGGACUAUCGAUCAACUUGUCGCGACUACGUGUGACAGUGGUGAUCUGUGCUUGGUUGUUCCCGCAUUCAGCUGGCGGAUCUAUAAAUCGGAUCUCUUGUCCGAGCUAUGUUAACCACGAGUAAGCAGUGUCAUGUUCACAGCGUGGUCCGACAAUCUGCUUCUCGUUGAUACCAGAGUUAAACGUUAUCAGACCAGUUAUUCCUGCAGUUAAUUUGUAAGAGAAAAUGAGUACGGAUACACAGUUUAUAAUGAUAAUGAUGAUGAUGAUGAUGAUGAUGAUGAUGAUGAUGAUGAUGAUAUACCAUAGUGAGUACUAUAGUGUGUAGUGAAUAUGUACUAAACAAUUGUAGUUAACCAAUUGCUGAUCAAUGUACCCCUGGCAUAAACCAUAACGCAAGUAAGUAAUAAAUGUAAUCGAGGAAAAGUGAUACCCGAAAAGCUUGCAUAAAAAAGUAAAGUUGAUUUCGAGAUAUUAAAGUAAAAAGAAUGAAUAAAGUUUUAGAACAUACUAACGAGACAAUAUACAAAAGAAACAAUAAUAGCUGAUAGGCUGCACAAGCUGAUCCAUGCUUUUCUUUAGCCUUCUUGAAAGCAAAUUUUGGCUUAACAAAUUUCCACGAUUAAUGACUACGAUGUUUAAAUAUAAAUGUUUACAUAUAUAUACGUUUUAAAAGUUGAGAAAUAAUUGAAACUUAGUGAGACAUUUGCUAAAUGAAUAUAAAUACAUAAAGUGUUUUUCCAAGUCUAUAUGUUGUGAAAUUACAUCGCGAGUAGAAGAAGGACAUCGUGGAAAAAGAUCACUUCACAUUCCACGAUCACAUUCAGUCAACAAUUAACAUCAAAUCAUUCUCUGAUUGCUACAUUCAUCAUCAAAAGAGAUAAACAACGCUAUCUGCGAUUGCAAGUUGGCGCGUAUUGUUCCAUGCGUAGCAAGCAACAAACAUUAGUACACCCUGAAGAGGAUCCGCGCCAAUCGCAGUUGUCUAACACUGGCAAUCUGCAGCUCAACAAUCAUCUUCAGAAUUUGGUCCACGCAAGUAAAGAGUUAUCGACCGUGAAGACGAGGCCGACGACACCCGUCCUGGCGAACGACGGAGGGGGCGGCUUCUGGCUGGCCACGGUGGCCGCGGGGGCAAGUACCCCAGCCGGGCUGCCCCCGCACGGAACUCAUCAUCCAGCCAUGGAUCCAACAUGCGGAUCCGCCGAAACCGGCUUCAUCAACAGUCAGCCCUCCAUGGCCGAAUUUAUGACGGCAUUGCCGCAGUUAGCUGGGGACAGCAACCUGCAACAUUCACCGGGGACCGCUGGUUCUAUCAGUCCUGGUGCUCAUCAUCCCGCGUAUCAUACCAUGAUGGAUCCCCAUGGUGUCGCUGACCCCUCGGGUGUCAAUGUUCCAGAGUAUCCAUGGAUGAAGGAAAAGAAAACUACUAGAAAAAGUAAUCAACAAGAAAACGGUCUACCGAGAAGACUACGAACAGCUUAUACAAAUACGCAACUUCUCGAGCUAGAGAAAGAAUUUCAUUUCAACAAGUAUCUUUGUCGACCGCGAAGGAUAGAAAUUGCAGCUUCAUUAGAUCUUACCGAAAGACAGGUGAAAGUUUGGUUUCAAAAUCGACGAAUGAAACACAAACGACAAACGCUUAGCAAGGAAGACAGCGACGAAAAGGAUGGUUCUACUUCAGACGGUAUGGAAAAGCCCAAGAGUGACAAAAUGUUAUCAUCUGAUAACGACGAAAAGAAAAGCUGUCAUAACUGUGAUAUUUCGAGCGUGGGCGAUGUCGGAAGUACUCUUACCGGUGACGUUACCGAUUUAGGUUCUUCCGGUCGGAGAAACAGUAACAACAAUAAUACACCUGGUGCGACUAACAACAAUAACAACAACAACAACAGUAAUCCUGGCUUUAAUACGAAUAGCAAUGGUGCAAGCAGCGUUGGAAGUACUAACAGUGUGUCGAGCUCGUUCGAGAAGAUGAUAGUGGACGACGAUUCGAGGUCGCAAGAUGGAAGUGAAGUAACGUCGCCGAGCGUGACGAAAAAAUUGUCGGGCGAAGUGAGAGUGAAGGUUGAGAGUGGCCACAAAAGUCCGAACACAGCGAAGCAACAACAGAUCUCGGUGAGCAAGAAAUCGCCAUCGGCCAGCACAAAGGAUAUGUGUUCGGUGAACAGCAACGGUGUGCUAUUAGCCAUGCCGGACUCGACGGUCAGCACGCCAGUUCUACCGGGACAGAAUUCCACGAGGAGUCUGACACCGUCCUCGACACCCGGUACCCCCGUUUCCGUCCAGCUUCAGCAAGGCAGCCCGCUCGGUAUCCAGCAAGCGGCUCACGCGGCUUACAUGCAGAGACCGCGAAGCUCACCGUCCUCCACGUCCUCGUUGCCGGGCCCCAUAUUACACGCCUCUACGAAUCCGGGGACAAUGUCGCCGCACGGUGGGCGAAACAUCUCAAACAGUCAACAAGCACAUUUCCAACAGCAGGGCGUGUAUCAACCCACCCCAGCCAUUGAUUAUCGGAACGGCGGCGUACCCGCUAAUAGACAGAGUAUACCUACGGCAUCGCAGCAAUCCCAGUCGCAGAGUUACUGCACCAGAGAUACGUAUCAGCAACCAAGAAUCUCUUAUCCGAGUGAGGUGAAUUCUCUGUACGUCCGGCAGAAUCAGACGGUGGGCUCGAGAGUGACGCAUCACGUGAGAGCGACGGGCACGGCGUCGAGAUCGAUGUACGGUGCCAACAUGCAAUUCCAUCAGCAACAAUUGCAGUACGGUAGCACCGGUGAGUAUAACGGAUAUCCCCAGGCCGGGCCACCUUACCACGCUUAUCACAGAGGUAUGCAAGGUACCAGUGCGUACAGUUCCGGUCAGGGAUACUCGGCAACGCAGAACGAGCAGAACACCGACGGCUACAUGACGCCUGGAAACUACGGAUACUCGACCGGUGGCAGUUAUCAUGGGACGGGUGAGAAUCUGGCGGCGCACGGGCACGCCGCUGUGCCCGCGCAAACCGGGCAACAUUAUUUCAACGACAUCCAGCAGCAGCAACAACAUCCGCAGCAACAUACCGCCGAGAGCUAUGUCACUCAUCAGCCACCGAUGCAUCCAAGUUCCGGCGAUUACCGACCAGGAAACAAGUGUCACCCGGGCGCGUAUUACGAGCAGACCGGUCAACUGCACGUUCAUCAGGGCGGCGAGGCCUCCAGCAUCCCAAACAGUUACGUAUCGUCGCCAGAUCCGUUUCCGGCGCCUGGCAUGACGACAACCGCGACGGCGAUUGCAGCUGCCACCGCGGCAGUUAUCACACCACCCGGAAGUGCCGGCCAGGCCGACGGUAAUAACGAGUCUUACGGCAAUUACGGGAAUUUCUACGGUGAACCGGUGCAUACGGCCGCGGCGCCGCCGCCGUCCGCCGACAACAGCAACAGCUCGUCCGACUUCAACUUCCUCAGCAACCUGGCGAACGACUUCGCGCCCGAGUAUUAUCAACUCAGCUGAGUCCACGAGACGGAGAAUUCUUGCCAGCUGGACUGGGGCGAUGAGCAAUGCCUACUCAACGCUUUAUACUGAAGCUCAUACUCAAAAAUCCUGCUCACCGCGUAAGAAUCUACGUGAUUUGUAUAUACUUUCGGUAUUCGUGAUAUAACUCAGCGUGUAAAUGGAAAUCGUGUAAAAACGGACUAAAAUUAGGUACCAUUAAUGGUACGUGUGUCUAUAUAAAUUUAUGCCACCCGACUUAGGUUAUCGAAUGUCUUUAAGUUCAAAGUGGCGCCUUCCCGUGAGUUGUGUCGAAAUUAUUUUCAAGACUGGCUGCUAAUCAAGAACUGAUUGAUAGAACAAUUGUACAUAAAACGUGAAAUGUUUAAAUUAAUUUCAAUAAUAAUGCUAAAAAAAAGGAUAUCUGAAAUAAUCUGGAUUACCAAAGAAAUUUUAAAAUGUAACCAUAGCCAGUCAGUCAAUACAGUUUACGCAUCCGAGUAUCAAUUUUAAUAUUCCUUAUUAUGGACAGGAUAUAAUUCUAUCGAUUUACAUUUCAAACGUCAAAGAAUAUUUCGGAAACGUACAACAGUGACAACGAGUGCAAUGGUUGUGUUAAUUUUUAAUUGGAUGACGAUAUCAGAGUUUCCAUAUUCACAGAAUUUUUUAAACUGUGUUACAAAGUGACAUUCAUAUCGCCACCCUUUCGAAACGCGCUUAAUCGCAGAAGAUGGAAAGUGAUCCGUAAGUUAUUAAAGACCGAUAUACAUGAGCUGUGGUUUACAAAGGUGCAUGUGAAGAGCGUUGUAAAUAUGUCAGAGGUUUACCGUUACCGGAAAUUCGAUGGAGUUUCUAUUCAACGGUCCGAUUCUCGUGAACAUGGAAACACGAGGUGCAAGUGCAAUCUUCCUGGCGCAAACGAUCUCUACGUUAGUGCAUCGUUAGGGUGUUCGAAAAUUAGAUUAUAUAGAUCACCGAAGUCAUGUUCCUUUUGUUUUCAAUGUAACUUUGGUUACUAGCACAGAAUGUGCUUGAUUGGAGCAUUUAGCCUUAUUUGAAAAUUUCAAACCAGGCUCUAAGAAAGUUUUCAAAUUAUAUAUAUCCCAUAUACAUGUUUAAUUCUCAAAUGAUGGUCAAUGAGACAAUGUUGUAUAUGAUUUAAAAGAAUAAAACUUGAGGCCUGAGACUGUAGAUGCAUGUGAGCAAUAAUUAUUAAUGAAGCUAUGUACAUAUAUAUCAUAUGAAAGAUAGAUUAAUGGAACACAAAUGAAUAAGAAAACCGCAUUUAUACACAGUCAUUAUUAUAUCGAAUAUACAAUUUCUGAAAUAGGUACAAUCCGAUAGUUUUAAUUAAACACAGAAAAUAGAUGUCUCUCUCUCUCUCUCUCUCUCUCUCUCUCUUAUAAAAAAAAUCUGUGUCCUCCCAAUUGAAUAUGGAGAAUAGUUAAAAAUCAGUUACUUGCCACUAUUAUGGAAAGAGACAGAUGCACUUAUAAAAAUGUUGUGCUAUUCGUUUUGUGAAAAAAUGACAUGAGUUUUAAAAUCAAUUCGAAUCAAUAUGUUAUUCGGUGUCUGUCAUUUAAUAAUGAAUGUCAUUUAAUAAUGAACGGAUAUUGUUGCACUACUUCGAAUGGUUUACUUUCUAAUUGUGAGAAAUGUAUUUAUUGUAAUAUCCACAAAAUAUUCGUUGCAUUAUCAUUUUUUCACAAACCGCGUUUCUUUUUUCAAAGUUCUACUAGCAUAUUUUAAGCGAACCAAAUAAAUUAUUGUCUCACGGUAGGUAAUAUAAAAGUAAACGUAGAUAGGGACAUAAUUUUAAUUUUCACCUCGCGACAACAUAUUUAAUACACAGCUCUUUUUGUAUAAAACACUAGACGCCGUCGUUGUUCAUAUAAAGACUCUCAUGUACAUAUGCGCGUACGAUAACCAUAUAUAUAUAUUGUUUAUUCAUUCUGACUACAUAAUUGUGUUGCAAGUGAGCCCUCGACACGGUAAACGAAGUUAUCACACGUGUACAUUCACUCACCGGUACAUUUGACAAAUACAGAUCAUAGUGAAAAGUAA